AUGGACGCUUCUUGUCGGGAUCAGCUGUUGAGCGGGCUUAAUUCAACGCUGCCUCCAAGCGAGCCGCCGGGAAACUGCACCGCUCUGCCCGGAUUACCAAAUGACAGUUGCUGUUCCUCAACGGCGGAGGAUCCCGGAGACGGCUGGAUAUUCGACCGUUUCGAAGUCAAGGUCACACUUGUCGUCGCCUACAGCAUGGUCUUCUGCUGCUGCUUUUUCGGCAACCUGCUGGUCAUCGGAGUGGUAAUCAUGAACAGGCGCAUGCGUACAACGACCAACUUUUUCCUGACCAAUCUGGCUGUGGCUGACCUGUGCGUGGCCAUGUUUUGUGUGUACCAGAACCUAUUCUUCUACCUCACUCCUCAGUGGGUGCUCGGAGACUUUCUGUGCCGAAUGUACUUUUUUGUGCACGGACUCAGCUACACCGCGUCCAUUCUCAUACUCACCGUAAUCUGCGCCGAGAGGUACCUGGCUAUUGUGCAUCCCAUGUUGAACAAGCAGGUGGUGACGAUGACCCGGCUGCGCGUGACCAUUGUGACACUGUGGAUCGUGAGUGCAGCCUACUGCAGUCCCCGAAUUGUGAUGUACGGCACCGUAGAAGCGAUAGUGGACGACAAGCGCGAAGCCCUGUGCGUCCUACAGAGGGCGCUUUACGACUCCAAGACCUACGACUUGGUAAACUUCGGUCUGCUUCUGGUACCACUGAUCAUCAUCAGCGUGCUGUAUGCCAUCAUCUGCUACCAGCUCUGGCACAGUCAAUCCAUCGUGUCACAACCACAAAACCACAUCGCUGCCAACUCGAACCACCAGCUCGUCUUGAGUGCCCCACUGUGCCAUCAGAAGUCCCAGUCACAGCCAAUGCCACCACCAGCGCACAGGCAAUCUUCUUCAGGAAGAAGACUCCGAGGGAUCGCUUUCCGCCAGUUUAAAGUUAGAGUACGCGCAAACCUUUGUAACUACAUCCAACAAUGCCAGGGAGCCUUGUUCUGCGACGACAGUCACCACCCAGGACGCGCUAAGACCACCGUCAAGACAUUCUAUUACGCCAACAGCUCAGCGGCGUCGGCGCUGAGGCCGCGGCGGAAAGUUAUCCGCCUCCUGGUGGCCGUCGUCUUGAGCUUCGCCCUCUGCAACCUGCCUUUUCACGCGCGCAAGCUCUGGCAACACUGGUCGAAGGAGUAUAAUGGUUCCAGUCCUGGAGCCGCCAUCUUGACCAUUCUGACGAACCUCGUGCUGUACCUGAAUUCGGGGAUCAACCCGUUCCUCUACGCUCUGUUCUCCAGAAACUUCCGGCAGUGUAUGGCCGACGUCUUGUUCUGCCGCAACCACAGGUUCCGCUCGAAGAGCCGUUCCUCGUUUAUCGCCAUGUCCAAGUCGCUCAACUCUCACGCGAGCCAGGGAACGCCCCAGGCUGCCCAUCAGGUUCACGGACAUCGGCAAGCGAUGCAGCAGCAACACUUGUGACUGCCCCGCCAACCUCUUUGGUUCAGGGUUUCGAAGGUUCUGCUUGUUAUAAGUUUCUUCAAACGUGAAACGUCACACCAUGUUCGGGCUUCAAUCUUCCUUGCAGCAGAUCCAAUACAUUGUGUUUUUCACUUGCCGCCAGGUGGGAGCAGAUAGUUCUGGACGUGCUGGGAGCUGAAGUAAGGUUCGUCGAAUGAGAGUUGUCAUGCACCCUAUUUGUAAGGCGGAAAGCGUUAGUGAAACUCAUGCGAAUUUUUAAAAAAGAAACGGGCUUUUAUUGGCAUGGUAUGAGGAGAUGUUGGCGCAAACCUGUCGAACAAAAUUUUCAAAGUAACAGGGGAACAUAAAUUUACGUCGCACAUACAAAAGGCAAUGUAGUUAACUCUACGAUAGUGUGAAAGAAAAUA